AUGAUUUCUGGUGGCGCUCUUGACCAAAAACGUCUGGCAAGUAUUCAAGAAACAAUGGGCGAGACAAGUUCUCAGAGUGUUGUGGUAGCAGUAGACAGAAUAUUCACAGGAUCUGUACGUUUGGAUGGUGAUGCUAUUGUUGAAUUUGUGAAGGCCUUGUGUCAAGUUUCUCUUGACGAAUUGGCCAAUCCCAGUCAUCCACGAAUGUUCAGUUUACAAAAAAUUGUGGAGAUCUCUUACUACAAUAUGGGCCGUAUCAGAUUGCAGUGGUCUCGAAUAUGGCAAUAUCUAGGUGACCAUUUUAACAAAGUUGGUUGUAAUCCAAAUGAAGACAUUUCAUUUUUUGCUGUUGAUUCCCUCCGUCAAUUGUCAAUGAAAUUUUUGGAAAAAGGAGAAUUUGCCAAUUUCCGAUUUCAGAAAGACUUCUUACGCCCAUUUGAACAUAUCAUGAAGAAAAAUCGGUCACCAACUAUCCGUGAUAUGGUUGUCCGUUGUAUUGCUCAGAUGGUUAACUCACAAGCUGCCAAUAUCAAAUCUGGUUGGAAAAAUAUUUUCAGUGUGUUCCACUUGGCUGCUUCUGACCAUGAUGAAGGCAUUGUUGAGCUGGCAUUUCAGACCACUGGCAAGAUAAUUACCAGUAUCUUUGAAAAGCAUUUUGCUGCUAUCAUUGACUCAUUCCAAGACGCAGUGAAAUGUCUCUCAGAGUUUGCAUGUAAUGCUGCCUUUCCUGACACAAGCAUGGAAGCAAUUCGUCUAAUUCGUAACUGUGCCAAGUAUGUGGCUGAAAAACCAAUUAGUUUCCGAGAACAUGGCAGUGAAGAGAUGAACGUCCCAGAAGAGGACAGAGUUUGGGUAAAAGGAUGGUUUCCAGUACUUUUUGAAUUGUCUUGUGUCAUAAACAGAUGCAAACUUGAUGUUCGGACCAGAGGCUUAACUGUGAUGUUUGAAAUCAUGAAAACAUAUGGAGAUACAUUCCAACAACAUUGGUGGAGGGAUUUAUUCCGUGUUGUGUUCCGUAUAUUUGACAAUAUGAAACUCCCUGAGCAGCAGAAUGAAAAAGCUGAGUGGAUGACGACCACAUGUAAUCACGCGCUGUACGCUAUUGUUGAUGUUUUCACCCAGCAUUACUCCGUCUUACACUACAUCCUUCUUGAUGAAUUGUACAAACAGCUGCAUUGGUGUGUGCAGCAGGAUAAUGAGCAGUUGGCUCGUUCUGGUACAAACUGCUUAGAAAAUCUUGUCAUCUCAAAUGGCAUGAAAUUCUCUCCUGAGGUGUGGAGCAAAACCUGCACAUGUAUGCUGGAUAUAUUCCGCUGCACUAUUCCUCACAGUUUAUUAUCCUGGAAGCCUGAGAACUACGAUUGUCCUGAUUCUCAGCAUUCAUUAAUAAUCGGAGAACAUGAAGUGAAAGAAGAAAAUGUGGAUUCCCGGUCACUGUCAUCCAUCCAGUCCUUUGAUGGCACUAUAGAAGGUAAUCAUAAACUAAAGCGAGCUGAUAGCGAACACAGUGUGAAUAGUACUAUUUCUCAGGAUUCCAGUCGUGAUCACAAAAUACCAAAAUCUAAAGUUGCAUCUGACCAGAAAUUAUUCCAGGGUUUGUUGAUUAAAUGUGUGGUGCAGCUUGAGUUGAUUCAGACAAUUGACAACAUUGUGUUCUUCCCUACAACCAGUAAGAAGGAAGAUGCAGAGAAUCUGGCCGCUGCUCAGGCAAAUUGGAGCGAAGGUGGCAGCCCUUCAGAUGAUGGCAGCCAGCAGAAAGAGGACCAAGGCAUGUACCCCUUCCUCAACAAUGAUCAACUCUUUCUUCUAUCUGAUUGUCUUUUGGAAUCCCAUAAAUUUGCUAAAGCCUUCAAUUCCAAUCAUGAACAACGUAAUAUCUUAUGGAAAGCUGGUUUCAAAGGUAAAGCCAAACCCAACUUGUUGAAACAAGAGACACAGAGCCUUGCUUGCUUGUUACGGAUAUUGUUUAGGAUGAACAAAGAUGAAAAUCGAACCAGCUCCAAAGAGGAAAUACAGAAAAAAUUAAUAUGUGUGUGCAAAGAAGCACUUGAAUAUUUCUUAUCCCUGCAGUCGGAUAGUCAUCGGGAAUCCUGGAAUAGUCUGCUCAUUCUUUUGCUCACACGCCUCUUGAAGAUGGGCGAGGAACAGUUCCGUGCUCACGCGUCCGUCUAUUACCCAUUCCUGUGUGAUACAAUGGUGUUUGAUUUGAAGCCAGAGAUGAGAUCCAUAUUAAGGAAAUUUUUCAUCCGUGCUGGUCAAACAUUCAAAUUUAGAGUUGUUUGCUUUCACUUUUUUUCCUUACUUUGUGUGUGUGUGAGAGAGGCUUUGGCUUCUGUCUCUCCCUUCCCCCUCUCAUUUCUGUACACCUUUACUUAUUCUGUCUCUCUACCAUUGCAACUCUGUAUGUUCAUUUGUUUUCUAUCUCCUCAUUCUCACACCUUUGUACAUUUCUUUUGCUUUCUCACGCUCUACUCUCUCACUUCUUUGUCUCUUCACUUAUUCUCAUUUUCUCUCUCUCUACCCUCAUACAUCUGUCAGUCUCCUCUCUCUCUUUCCAGGCUCACAGACUCACACCCCUGUCGGUCUCUUUUCUCUCUCUCCAGGCUCACACCCCUGUCGGUCUCUUUUCUCUCUCUCCAGGCUCACACCCCUGUCGGUCUCUUUUCUCUCUCUCCAGGCUCACACCCCUGUCGGUCUCUUUUCUCUCUCUCCAGGCUCACACCCCUGUCGGUCUCUUUUCUCUCUCUCCAGGCUCACACCCCUGUCGGUCUCUUUUCUCUCUCUCCAGGCUCACACCCCUGUCGGUCUCUUUUCUCUCUCUCCCAGGCUCACACCCCUGUCGGUCUCUUUUCUCUCUCUCCAGGCUCACACCCCUGUCGGUCUCUUUCUCUCUCUCCAGGCUCACACCCCUGUCGGUCUCUUUUUCUCUCUCUCCAGGCUCACACCCCUGUCGGUCACCUUUCUCUCUCUCCAGGCUCACCCCCCUGUGGUCUUGCUCUCUCUCUCAGGCUCCACCCCCCUUGGUCUCUUUUCUCUCUCUCCACACCCUGUCUCUCUUUUCUCUCUCCAGGCUCACACCCCUGUCCUCUUUUCUCUCUCCAGGCUCACACCUCUGUCCGGUCUCCUUCCUCUCUCUUACUUCCCAUGCUCCACCCCUGUCUUUCUCCUUGGUCUCUUUCUCUCUCUCCAGGCUCUCUCUUUUCUCUCUCCCAGUCCACCUCUCUUUCUCCUUGCUCUCUCCAGGCUCACACCUCUGUCCGUCUCCUUGCUCUCUCCAGGCUCACACCUGUCCGGUCUCUUUUUCUCUCUCUCCACCUCUGUCCGUCUCUUUUCUCUCUCUCCAGGCUCUCUUUGUCUCUCUUUUCUCUCUCUCCAGGCUCACACCUCUGUCCGUCUCUUUUCUCUCUCUCCAGGCUCACACCUCUGUCCGUCUCUUUUCUCUCUCUCAGGCUCACACCUCUGUCCGUCUCUUUUCUCUCUCUCAGGCUCACACCUCUGUCCGUCUCUUUUCUCUCUCUCAGGCUCACACCUCUGUCCGUCUCUUUUUUCUCUCUCUCCAGGCUCCACCUCUGUCCGUCUCUUUUCUCUCUCUCCAGGCUCACACCUCUGUCCGUCUCUUUUCUCUCUCUCCAGGCUCACACCUCUGUCCGUCUCUUUUCUCUCUCUCCAGGCUCACACCUCUGUCCGUCUCUUUUCUCUCUCUCCAGGCUCACACCUCUGUCCGUCUCUUUUCUCUCUCUCAGGCUCCACCUCUGUCCGUCUCUUUUCUCUCUCCAGGCUCACACCUCUGUCCGUCUCUUUUCUCUCUCUCAGGCUCACACCUCCACUGUCCGUCUCUUUUCUCUCUCUCCAGGCUCACACCUCUGUCCGUCUCCUUGCUCUCUCCAGGCUCACACCUCUGUCCGUCUCCUUGCUCUCUCUCUUUCUCUCCACUCUCUCCUCUCUGUGAGUCUUCUUGCUCUCUUUUUCCACCCUUGCAUCUCUUGCUUACUUUCUCUUUUUCUCCCUCUUGUCUUUGUUAAUUAG